AUGCGCAUCGAGAAUGGCCACAUGGUCGUCGUCUACCGCAACAUCCCGUGCUGUUCCGCAUCUUCUUUGUUCUCGCUGGCCAUGGCGCCGACCGACGGCCAAGGUCGCACUCGACCUCGCCUUGGCUCCGGAGGCCACGCCAUGGCGGUGACACGUGUCCUCCGCACCCCGUUGCAGGCUGAUGCUUCAACGCUGGAGGAGGAGUGGACUGGGCAAGGCGGCGGCAAGGUGGGCCGCCGAUGUUCGCUUCCCAGUUCCGUUUUGCCACAGCCUCAAUUGCACUGCGUUUCUGCGCCACACCACGUACCAGGAGCGAUGGCAAUGUCUUGA